AUGGCGGAACAGGAAGACGUGGCCGCCGUCUCACCGGCAGAGACGAUGGAGUCUCAGCUGUACUACGUGCGAUAUUACUCGGGACAUACUGGCCGCUACGGCAACGAGUUCCUCGAGUUCGAGAUAUCAGAGACUGGGUCACUGAAAUACGUCAACAACAGCAACUAUAGAAACGACUUCAUCAUCAAGAAGCAAGCACGCGUGUCUCCAGCGGUGCUCGAGGAGGUGAAGAAGCUCAUUGUGCAGUACUCGGUGUGCGAGAGUGACGACGAGCGGUGGCCAGCUCCAGAUCGCAAUGGGCGGCAGGAGCUGGAGAUUCACCUCGGCAACACCCAUAUAUCGCUGGUGACUAACAAGUUGACGUCGAUGGCUGACAUUCCGAAGAGUUCGGAGACCGCCAGCCUGAUGAGGUUCUACAGCUUUGUUCGGGACGUUAAGGCACUCAUCUUUGCGCUGGUCUCCAUUCACUUUAAAAUUAAGCCGAUCUGA